UGAGGCAAGUUAGAGGGGGAGUCUGGACCCCACCGGGGCAGAGAGGGCGAGGGGUGCUUCCCUAGUUUGGCCCAGCUCGGGGAGCACUGAGGACCCCAGAGCUCUCCCCAUUGUAGGCAGCCUUUAUGCAUGCCCUGUAAGUAGCCAGGGCAACGUCCCCCCCUCCACUGUGAUGGAACAGCUGCUUCCUGUGAAACCUCCCCUCUGGAGUCCCAAACACUCCUCCUGCAAGUAGAGUCCCAAACACUCCUCCUGCAAGUAGAGCCACAGCUGGAGUAGGUCGGCUAAAGAGGCGGCUGACCUGCUGUCCGGCCAGGCCUGGCUGCUCCUCCUUCCCUGCUCCGUGGCUGCCGCCAGGUCUGUGCUACGGCAGAAGGCCCCCUCCUUGGUGUGGUGCCCUCUGGCCAUGAAUCAUACGGGUUUCCGGCAUGGGAGUUUCCAGGGUGGCAGCAGCAGCGAUGAAGACCUGGUGGAGGUGGCCGGAGGAAUGCUGGAUUUCUCCAUGGCGGAUGAUGUCCCUCCCCUGGACAGGGAGAUGGCGGAAGGUUUCUCCUCGUACAACGUAGGUGGGAUGAACGGGCCGAGGCAGGUGAUGGACUUCCUGCAGGAGCCGCUGCCAGGCGUGGGGACCUAUGAAGAUUUCAACACCAUCGACUGGGUGCGGGAGAAGUCUCGGGACCGCGACCGGCACCGAGAGAUCGCCAAUAAAAGCAAGGAGUCCACCUGGGCCUUGGUGCACAGCGUCAGUGACGCUUUCUCAGGAUGGCUGUUGAUGCUGCUCAUCGGCUUGUGGGCAGGGGCGCUGGCUGGUCUGAUUGACAUCACUGCCCACUGGAUGACGGAUCUGAAGGAGGGGGUCUGCUUGAACGGCUUCUGGUACAACCACGAGCAUUGCUGUUGGAACUCACCCCAGACCACCUUCCAGGACAGGGACAAAUGCCCCGAGUGGAGGACCUGGGCGCAGCUGCUGACUAGCAGAGAGGAGGAGGGAGCCCUGGGUUACAUCCUGAACUACUUCCUCUACGUCCUCUGGGCACUGCUCUUCUCCUUCCUGGCUGUCUUGCUCGUCCGGGGCUUUGCUCCCUACGCCUGCGGCUCGGGGAUCCCGGAGAUCAAGACCAUUCUCAGCGGCUUCAUCAUCCGAGGCUACCUGGGCAAGUGGACGCUGCUCAUCAAGACGGUCACCCUGGUGCUGGCCGUUUCGUCGGGCCUGAGCCUGGGCAAGGAGGGCCCCCUGGUUCACGUCGCCUGUUGCUGCGGCAACAUCCUUUGCCACCUCUUCACCAAGUACCGGAAGAAUGAAGCCAAGCGCCGGGAAGUGUUGUCGGCUGCUGCGGCCGCUGGCGUAUCGGUAGCCUUUGGCGCUCCCAUUGGAGGUGUCCUGUUCAGUCUGGAAGAGGUGAGCUACUACUUCCCGCUCAAGACCCUCUGGCGCUCCUUCUUCGCUGCGCUGGUGGCGGCCUUCACCCUGCGCUCCAUCAACCCCUUCGGCAACAGCCGCCUGGUGCUCUUCUACGUGGAGUUCCACAGCCCCUGGCACCUACUGGAGCUGGUGCCUUUCAUCCUGCUGGGCAUCUUUGGGGGGCUCUGGGGGGCCUUCUUCAUCCGCAGCAACAUCGCCUGGUGCAGGCGGCGCAAGACCACCAAGCUGGGCCGCUACCCGAUGCUGGAGGUGCUGGUGGUGACGGCCCUGACCGCCCUGCUGGCCUUCCCCAACAAGUACACGCGCAUGAGCACCAGCGAGCUGAUCUCGGAGCUCUUCAACGACUGCAGCCUCCUGGACUCCUCCCAGCUCUGCGACUACCGCAGCGCCCCCAACAGCACCCAGGGGGACGACCUGCCUGACCGGGCCGCUGGGCCGGGCCUCCACGUAGCCACCUGGCAGCUGAUGCUGGCUCUCCUGCUGAAGUUCUUCAUCACCAUCUUCACUUUCGGCAUGAAGGUGCCAUCGGGCCUCUUCAUCCCCAGCAUGGCGGUGGGGGCCAUUGCGGGCCGGUUGCUGGGCGUGGGCAUGGAGCAACUGGCCUAUCACCAUCACGACUGGCUGAUCUUCAAGGGCUGGUGCAGUCCUGGCGCCGACUGCAUCACCCCUGGCCUCUAUGCCAUGGUGGGGGCUGCUGCCUGCCUGGGUGGAGUGACCCGCAUGACCGUCUCCCUGGUGGUCAUCAUGUUUGAGCUGACGGGAGGGCUGGAGUACAUCGUGCCCCUGAUGGCGGCUGCCAUGACCAGCAAGUGGGUGGCCGAUGCUAUCGGCCGGGAGGGCAUCUACGACGCCCACAUCCGCCUGAAUGGCUACCCCUUUCUGGAGGCCAAGGAGGAGUUCACCCACAAGACCCUGGCCAUGGAUGUCAUGCGCCCCCGGCGCAGCGACCCCGCCUUGACGGUGCUGACGCAGGACAGCAUGACGGUGGAGGACGUGGAGGCCAUCAUCAAUGAGACCACCUACAGCGGCUACCCUGUGGUGGUGUCCAGGGAGUCUCAGCGCCUCGUGGGCUUCGUCCUCAGGCGAGAUCUGGUCAUCUCCAUUGAAAGUGCCCGGAAGAAGCAAGAAGGGAUUGUCAGCAGCUCAGUUAUUUAUUUCACGGACCACUGCCCCCCACUGCCGCCCUGCUCCCCCUCCAUGCUGAAGCUGCGGAACCUUCUCGACCUCAGCCCGUUCACUGUGACAGACCAAACCCCCAUGGAAAUCGUCGUGGACAUUUUCCGAAAACUGGGGCUGCGCCAGUGCCUGGUCACACACAAUGGGAAGCUGCUAGGGAUUAUUACCAAAAAGGACGUACUGAAGCACAUAGCACAGAUGGCAAACCAGGACCCAGACUCGAUCUUGUUCAACUGAAGCCGGGAGGGGCCAGAGGUUUUACUCUGCCCCAUGGACCUUGGCCAGAGGGACCUGAGCUUUGCCUCCCUUUAUGGAGGACCCAGAGCUGUCUUCAGUUUCUCCACGUGGAGCAAGCGAUAAUCAUGUUUUAUUUUUUUCUACAAGAUAACCAAUUGCACUAUAUAAUCUGUGGAACGUCUUCUUCUCUCGGGAAGGGGAGCCUGAUUGUAGCCUUGUUGGGAGCUGCGCUGGGAAGGAGGUUCCACGCCAGAGUAAAAGAAACGAUAUAACUGA